AUGAUGCUCAGAAAGAGCCAUUUGAGAUCAUGGUUAGAAAGAGGUGGAGAUGAAGGUGGUGGUGGUGAUGGAUUGGGGAAAAGAAAACUAGUACUGAGGGAGAGCCAAGCAAUCUUGUUCAAAGAGCCAUAUGAGAUGAUGCUCAGAAAGAGCCAUUUGAGAUCAUGGUUAGAAAGAGGUGGAGAUGAAGGUGGUGGUGGUGAUGGAUUGGUGGUAAAAGUAUGGGAACCUAGCUGA